UCUCUUCUCCCUUCCUCCCCCUGGCCUGUGCCUUCUCCCCGUUGCUUACAUCAUGCCAUCUCCUCUGCUCGCUUGUCCUUACUACUGAGUUCCCUCCAUUUUCCCAGUCUCCUUGCUGUGGGUGGGGCUGUGCAUGGGCAUCUGCCCAUCUGCUGCUGGACUCUGCCCCUCCUUCUCCCUUUAGUUAGUACCAUGGCUAUCAGUUCUCCCUUAAAACAGAAUGGUUAGCAUUUCUGUUUAAUCUGCUUUUAGCACCGUGGAGUUUGAGAACAUCUCUCAGUUACCAUACUGUUGGUUUCACGCCUCAGAGACAGAUGGAACGAGAGUAGGAAGGGAAUUUUCUGCUAGACCGGAUAGUUUCCUCCCUUUAUCAACAGGGGAAGAUGGUGGGGAUUCCCUGGUGGUUCAGUGGUUAGGACUCGGCGCUUUCCCUGCCGUGGCCUGGGUUUAUUCCCUGGUCCGGGGACUAAGAUCCUACAAGGCCUGCGGCGGGGCCAAAAAAAAAAAAGAGGGGAAGAUGCUGUCGCCAUUAUUCUCAUCCCAGGGUACGAAUUGAAUUUAGGAUCAAUUGCAGGUUCUUCUUGGGGGUGGGGAAGUUGAGAAAAACCUUGGCCUGGCUGUGGGAAAUUGCCUGGGCAGAAGAGUGAAACUACUUAAACUGAAAGCUGGAGCCCAGAACCAGAGAUGUAGCUCCCAUUGGUGACCGUGGCUCUGGGAGGUGGAGUGGGUGGAGUUAGUCCGCCCACCACCUUCCACGUCUGGAGCUUCACGGGGACUUUAACCUAAAAGAGCUGGGAAGGGUGGCUCAGCCAGAGGGGGAAGGACCUGGCUUUGGACUCCACAGUGGGCCUAGGAGAGGCCUUGGCCUCAGCUUGCCAUGGAGAAGCCCCCGACAAGCUCCCACCUCCCUCCAGGCUUGGAAAGGAGAAGGGCGGUCCAGAGGAGCUAUUGGCUAGAGGAAGUGGCGGGGCUGUGGGAUGUGGAGAGCCGAGGGCUGACUCCUGGACAGCAGAACAGAGAGAGCUGCCGACAGACGGACGCAGGUUGAGGAGCUCUCACCUCCCAGAAUGACCAGUGCAGCCCCUGCUAAGAAACCCUACCGGAAGGCACCACCUGAGCAUCGGGAGCUGCGGCUGGAAGUUCCUGGCUCCCAGCUCGAGCAGGAGGAGCCCCUGACUGACACGGAGAGGAUGAAGCUUUUGCAGCAGGAGAAUGAGGAGCUUCGCCGGCGCCUGGCCUCGGCCACCAGGCGCACUGAGGCCCUGGAGCGCGAGCUGGAGAUUGGGCAGGACUGCCUGGAGCUGGAGCUGGGCCAGAGCCGUGAGGAGCUGGACAAAUUUAAGGACAAGUUCCGCAGGCUGCAGCACAGUUACACAGCUUCCCAGAGGACCAACCAGGAGCUAGAGGACAAGCUGCAUACGCUGGCCUCUCUUAGCCACAGCUGGAUUUUUGCAAUCAAGAAGGCUGAGAUGGACAGGAAGACACUGGACUGGGAGAUCGUGGAGCUGACCAACAAGCUGCUGGACGCCAGGAACACCAUCAACAAGCUGGAGGAGCUCAAUGAGCGGUACCGGCUGGACUGCAACCUGGCUGUGCAGCUCCUGAAGUGCAACAAGUCUCACUUCCGUAACCACAAGUUCGCUGAUCUGCCCUGUGAGCUACAGGACAUGGUUCGGAAACAUCUGCACACUGGUCAGGAGGCUACCAGCCCGGGGCCUGCCCCCAGCCUGGCCCCAGGGGCUGUGGUGCCCACCUCGGUCAUUGCCCGCGUGUUGGAGAAGCCGGAGUCUCUUCUGCUCAAUUCGGCCCAGUCAGGCAGCGCCGGGCACCCCCUGGCUGAGGAUGUCUUUGUGCACGUGGAUAUGAGUGGGAGUGACCCAGGUGACCCAGCCAGCUGCCCAGCUCCGGGAAGCCCCGUCCCCCAACCCAACGGGGAGUGCUGCUCUCUGGGCACCGUGGGGGGCUCCCCAGAGGAGGAGAUGUCCCUGCCGGCCUUUGAGAAGCUGAGUCCCUACCCCACCCCACCUCCACCCCACCCGCUGUACCCUGGCCGCAAGGUGAUAGAAUUCUCUGAGGAUAAGGUGCGGAUUCCCCGCAACAGCCCCCUGCCCAACUGCACUUACGCCACCCGCCAGGCCAUCUCCCUGAGCCUGGUGGAGGAGGGCAGUGAGCGAGCCCGCCCCAGCCCAGUGCCCAGCAGCCCUGCCUCGGCCCAGGCCUCCCCGCAGCACCAGCCCAGCCCCGCCCCCCCGGGGCUCAGUGCCCCAGCCAGCUCCGCCAGCUCCGAGGAGGACCUGCUGGCCAGCUGGCAGCGGGCAUUUGUGGACCGCACUCCGCCCCCAGCCGCUGUGACCCAGCGCACAGCCUUUGGACGUGAUGCGCUCCCUGAACUGCAGCGCCACUUUGCUUUUGGUCCCGCUGGCAGAGAUGAGGAGGUGCAGGCACCUUCUUCCCCACCCGGUGAAAGUGGGCUUUUGCUGCCAACAGAAGCUGACCCUGGCUUUCCCAGAGAGGAGGAAGAGGAACAGCUGAACCUGCCCAUCAGCCCCGAGGAAGAGCGCCAGAGCCUGCUGCCCAGUGAUGGUGGCACAGAGGAGGGGCCUGGCACUCCUCGCACUGAGGGCAGGGCCUGGGCACUCCCCAGCUCCAGCCGCCCCCAGCGCAGCCCCAAGAGGAUGGGGGUGCACCACCUGCACCGCAAGGACAGCCUGACCCAGGCCCAGGAGCAGGGCAACCUGCUCAACUAGGGCCCUGCUUGCCUUCCUGCCACUGCUGCACGGGGACUGCAAAGGUGCCCCAACCCUCGCAGCUCAGGGUCUCCACCUAGCCCAAGCCCUUGGCCUCUGCUCCCUGUGCAGAUAGGGUCAGGCUACACCAGGCCUUUCGCUGCACUGACUGUAACUGGUACCAGCUUGCCUCAUGGUUUUUCCCUCCUGGAAUAUUUAUUCUCCAAAGGUAACAUGCAGCUGGGGCUCAUGACCUUUCUUCCAGUCGGCCCAAAUUGGUCUGUUCUGGGGAGCUGAGGGGGUUAUUACAUCAGUGUUUAUCCUCCAUCCUCCCUUCAUAUCCUCCAGUUUUCUAUUUUUAUCUGGCAGGGGGGUGGGGGGAGGAGGGUCAUUGGGAUUAUUAACCUCUAAUUUCAGUUUUCACCUGUUGCCUCUCCCCCCAUAUCCUCUGCACGAGCUGUUGCCUUCAAGGGCCUGGCACAGCAGGCCCUCGGGGGGAUGAGGGAGAGGACUGACUCAGGGCUCCCCUCAGCUGUUUCCUUCCUCCCUCUGGAAGGGAGUAGAGGGUGGGAUUCAGGGCCCUCAAGCUGGGUUCUAGGUGAAUCCUGGUCCCACUCCCAACCUUGGCUCUAGACUGUUAACUCCCAGCUUUGGGAAAUUUUCACAUCAAUAACUAUUUUAAAAUUAAAUAAAACUAUUUUACUGGUA